ACGUGCCUACGUACGUCCAUUGGGGCAACCCUAGGCUGCGAAAUCGGCAUCGACUCGUCGUGUCAGCCAUGGCGACACCGAAAAAGAUUUACUUUGCAACUGGGAACAAGAAAAAGUUAGAAGAGGUUACCGCCAUUCUGCAGUCCGGCGCCCCACUCCCCUUCGUCAUGGAAGCCGUAAAGCUGGACCUCCCCGAACUCCAGGGCGAGCCCGAAGAAAUCUCCAAAGAGAAAUGUCGUAUCGCUGCAAAGCUGGUGGGGGGUGCAGUUAUGGUGGAGGAUACUUCGUUGUGUUUUAACGCGUUGAAGGGCCUUCCCGGGCCGUACAUCAAGUGGUUUCUGGAGAAGCUAGGGCACGACGGUCUGAACAAGAUGUUAGCGGGUUUCGACGACAAGACAGCUUAUGCGCAAUGUAUCUUUGCGUACACAACCGGUCCGGAGGUGGAGCCAAUUGUGUUUGUGGGCCGUACCCCGGGCCGAAUCGUCGCGGCCCGCGGGCCUCCGGAUUUCGGAUGGGACCCUAUUUUCGAGCCGGAGGGCUUUGAAACGACGUAUGCGGAGAUGGAUAAGGAGACGAAGAACAAGAUUUCUCACAGGUACCGGUCGCUUGAUCUCCUUCGGAGCCAUUUGCAGCAUCAUUCUGAGAAGUCGUCGUGAGAGGGUUUGAACGGACAAAAGGAUGCGGUUUAUGUUGUUGGGAAAAGUAUAAUAGUAUUUACCGAAUUGUUUGUAAUGGUGACGAGCGAGCCUGAAUGGCCCUGUCUGUCAAUCCGGCUGUCUAUACGUCAGUCUAUCUAAAUCUGUAAAAGGAGGAUCCU